CUCCAAUAUGAGCAAUGUGACACGGGUAAGAGCACACUAUGUACAUAUUGGGUGGUUGUGAAUGACAAGAGCACUGAGGGAGAAGCUACUGUUACACUGAAGAUAGCAGAAGAGUAUUCUGGAGCUACAACUAUGGGAUGUCUCUGAGUGUCACAGCUGGGUUGACACUGCAUUUUUGAAGAAUCAGUGCAGGCGUGACCAGUGACAAACGCACAGUCUCACAGUCGCAUGGCAGGAAACCAGGAAGGAGAGAACUUCUUCAACAGAAGCUCACUCAGCUCUGAACUAAAGCUGUGAAUGGAGAACAGCAAACUUCCCUGACUCAGUAGAAGUGCCUGCUGGACUGAAGAAUUUUAGGGCUGGAUUUCAUGGGUUGUCAAACGCCAGUUGUCAAUUCAUUCAUACAUACCCCUGGAAGUAAAUACUAACGUCACAGCAGCUAACAUUAGUGGACUUUUAUCACACCCCUAAGCAACAGUGGAUUUCUGGAGGAUCAAUCAUCAUUAAUAAUCAUGCUCCAAUGGAUCUAAUCUUUGAAAACUGCAGUUUGUUUCCCUAAAUUCAGUGACUUUAUUGUGCAUUUGCAUUUGUCUGGUCAUUGCUACUAUCUCCUGGACUACAUAAGAUGGUGAAUUCUUCUUGUUUCUUCUUGAAUUCUUCUGCAAAUGUAAUGUGUGGUUAGCGUUACAUGCAUUCUGUAGAGGAUUACAGAUUCAUCACAUGAAACAGUGAACACUGUUGGGUCUGAGGUGGAUAAUCUGCACAAACACAGCGAGCAGCAGGUGGCUUUUGUAUAUUGUUUGAAAUUCAGUCAGCAUUGUGGUCCAAAUGUUCCUCAGCACAGUCCUUGUAGUCCUGACAGACCUGGCAGCCAGGUUUAUGGGUACCACCUUGUUCCGGCGGCACUUCCACCUGUUGUUGUCAGCACUGGUGAUGUUCGGUCCCAUGCUGAGUCUUUGGGUGUCUCACCACAGCAUCUUUGCCAAGAAGAAUCACUUCCUCUACAGGAUGUUCUUGCACUCUGGUUGGGGUUGGACCUGCAUCUUUGUUGGCUCUUUUGUUUUCCUCCUCUCCUUUUCCGUCCGUCGUUCCCUGUCUCUCUCCAUCCGCCACCUCUCACGGCUUGCGGUGGCCGGUGGACUAUGGCUUGGUUUUUGCAAACUCUUGGACCUCCUGGAGAAUGCCACAGGAAGCUGCUAUGAACCUUUAGAAGCUGGAACAGUGGUCACAAAUGGCCAGACUCUGCUGGUGCUGCGAGAGGGGGAGAGCAAGUCUGAGUGUCUGAAAGCUGGAAUGCUGUGGAGGGGAUAUGAGGUUUCUGAAGACAUUUUCCUUCUCUGCCUUUGCUGCCUGCUGCUGGUAGAGGAAACAGCUGUGUUUGGACCUUAUUUGAGCCUUGGGGGAAUCUCAGAUGCCCCACUGAGAAUCCUCUUUCUGUUCUGUGUUCUUCUGCUCUGGCUCUGGAUCUUCUUGUUGCUCUGUCUCUUAGCUUACUUUCCUCAGUUCCCCACCCAGCUGCUGGGGGGUGCUCUUGGCUGUCUCAGCUGGAGAGGACUAUAUCAGGGCUGGUACCGCCUGGGGCCCAGCUGGUACUGCCCCGGGAGGCCUGGUUUGGGACUACUUAACAUAAAGGCUGUCGGUAAUGACGUGGAGGAUGCACAACUGAAACAACCAAAUCACGAUCACUGCAAUUAACUUAAAAAACAAACAAACAAACAUUUGAGAACUAACUGUAAAAUAAAUUGAAUUCCAAACAAACAGCUGUACAGUGUGGGUUAUCAGACCUCUUAAUUCUUUCAUGUCAAAUAUGUUUAUUUACCUUUUCUGUUACAUACAACCGAUGAUUCACAUCUGCUCUUCCUUUGAAAGCUAGAAUUGUGUGACAGCCAAAUCAACCCAGCACUGGAAAGACAAAUGGAGAACACAGAAGCAGAUUUACAGAGACAUUAAUUUGGUCGAGUUUGCUCACUUUCUGUUUUGUCCAGAUUUUUUGCUGUGGACUUCAAGGCAAUGAAGAAGUGCCAAAAGCUACAGUCCUGUCACUUGUAGCCAGAGGUGGCAAAAUAUAGACAUUCUGUUCUAAAGCAGAAGUGCAGUUCUUUAUCAUAGCGAGACUAUCUCUGCACUCUGUUACAUAUUCCAUAUGUACGGGGUAUGACCCCCAUUGGCCGUGGCGUUACACCCCGUACAUAUGGAAUAUGUAAUGAAGUGGAGAGAUAGUCUCUCACUCAGAGAUGUUACAAUGUAACCGUACAAUAGUUGCAUUAAAAAAAUAC